AUGACCAAUUUCUGUUACUCACGUUUUCCCUCUAGUGUAAGACAAAUCCAGACACACCAGAUAAGCAGAACGCUCAGUAUUGCAGGCUGUCUGCUGGGUCAUCACCGCACGGUAUUCGGAGUCCUGAGAACAAAUAUACAGGAGUUGUUUCAGCUGUCCUGUAGGAGGAACCUUAGUGAGGUAACACCAGCUCAGGGUGAAAAUGGUGCAUUGAAUUUCAAUCCUGAUGCAGCUGACUUCAUUCCAGGAGAAAGACAAGCUUCUGAUAUAAACUGGGUAAAAAAAGAUAGGAUAGACUCUAGUCAGAAUAGAAGUGAUUUACCAUUUUCUAGUCAGUCUUCUGACAGACGUACAGAUUAUAAAAGCUCUUCCACAAAGCAGCCUGGCUUUUGUAAUCCAGAAAGUCAGUAUGGGAAUUGUCAAGACUUUCACCAAUUUUUUGGUACCAGUAAAAAUUCGAAGAAUCGCAACUUUCAAAGCCAGCGGUGGCACAGGUCAAGAAAUGAUAGCACAUGUCCUAGAAAUAAGAUAAGGCAAACUGCUACUGAUGCUACUGCGGUUCCAGGAAAUUCAGAUACUUCAGUGGUUUCUGGAAGAAGAGCAGCUCCUAGAGGAUACAAUGACUUUCUCUCGUCAGAGAGUGACAGAGAGGUAUCUAACGCAGAUAGCAGAGGAGCAAAGCCAAAGAAAACACACCUGAUGCAUGCCUCUGGAAGAGGGUUCAGGGAGAAGGGAAAGCAAUUACAUGAGCGGGAAAAGAGAGUGAGCUCCAAACAAAAGGUUGAGCUGUUUGAAAAUGUACCAUCUUUGGAUUUGACUCAGUCUGACUCUUCAGAAUCAUCUGUUGGAAAGGCAUUCUGUGAGGCACCUGUUGGUAGUGGGGAUGAGCAGAAAAGCUACAACUAUGUUAACAAGAGGUAUCCCCGGAAGCCUGUGUGGAAUAAGCCGCCAAUAGAAAAAGAGUAUCAGAAAAGGCAUGAUUCUCACCGCAGUAAAAAUACAAAAGUAGGUAAGAAGUCGUCUCUUGCAUAUACUUCAAAAGAUAAAAAUGAGAGGAAAAAAGAACUCUCUGUUCACAAAAGUGAUGACACCUCAGCCAGUGAAAUACGGCAUCAAUUGUCUGACUCUGUCAGAUGUAAUGGAAGAAAGUUCCUGCUAAAGGAGGAUCAGGCACCUUCCCUUCAUUUCAGCUGGACCCAGUACUGGAAAAAGCAAAGUGAUGUACCGAAAAACAAAGAAACUCAUACAGGGUCCUUGAUUGAACAGCUGACCACAGAGAAAUAUGAAUGUAUGGUAUGUUGUGAGGUGGUCCGAAUAGUAGCACCAGUGUGGAGUUGCCAGAACUGUUACCAUGUAUUCCACCUGAAUUGCAUUAAGAAGUGGGCAAGAUCACCAGCUUCACAAGCUGAAGAUGGUAAUAGUGGUUGGAGAUGUCCAGCUUGUCAGAAUGCUUCUAUGCAAGUUCCUACAACUUAUACUUGUUUCUGUGGUAAGGUACACAAUCCUGAAUGGAAUAGAAAUGAAAUUCCACAUAGCUGUGGAGAACUUUGUGGAAAGAGGAGGCAGUGUUUGGACUGUCCACAUCUUUGUAACAUCCUAUGCCAUCCAGGACCUUGCCCUUCAUGCCCAGCCUUUGUCACAAAAACAUGUGAAUGUGGACGAACAAGUCACUCAGUUCGUUGUGGCCAGUCAACAGCAAUUCGUUGUUCUAAUGUCUGUGGAAAUACUUUAAAUUGCGGUAAGCACAGCUGUACCCAAGUGUGCCAUGCAGGAAAAUGCUCACCUUGCCAACUAACAGUACAGCAAGUGUGUUACUGUGGGAGCAACUUUAAAGAUGUAUUGUGUGGGACAAAGGAAGAAUUCUCUGAUGGAUUUGGGAAUUUCUCAUGUCAGAAGAUAUGUGGCAAAAAAUUAAAUUGUGGGAGACACAACUGUACACAAGUAUGCCAUCCUCAGCCUUGUCAGCUCUGUCCACGACUUCCACAAGUAGUAUAUCGCUGUCCAUGUGGCCAGACUCCUCUCAGCAAGUUACUGGAACUGGGGUGUAUUGAACGUAAAUUAUGCACAGAUCCUAUCCCAUCAUGCGGAAAAACAUGCGGCAAACCUCUUUCAUGUGGUAGCUAUGAGUUUAUUCAUACAUGUGAAAGCCUUUGCCAUGAAGGAGAUUGUAGACCGUGUUCUCGCACAUCAAAUAUUUAUUGUCGGUGCGGCUUCAAAAAAAAGGAAGUCCCAUGUGCGCUCCUCAGAAAUAAAGCUGCUAUUACGUUUAUGUGCGACAAGCGAUGCAACAAGAAAAGGUCAUGUGGACGGCACAAAUGUAAUGAAAUUUGCUGUGUGGACACAGAACAUAAGUGUUCUUUAGUUUGCGGGCGCAAACUCAACUGUGGGCUUCAUAGAUGUGAAGAACCCUGCCAUCGGGGCAGCUGCCAAACAUGCUGGCAAACAAGUUUUGACGAAUUAACUUGUUAUUGUGGUGAAUCAGUGAUUUACCCCCCCGUCCCCUGUGGCACUCAGCCACCUGAGUGUAAAAAAACAUGCACCAGGCCACAUGAGUGUGAUCAUCCAGUGUACCAUUCAUGUCAUAGUGAGGAGAAAUGUCCACCAUGUACUUACCUCACUCAGAAAUGGUGUAUGGGCAAGCAUGAACUGCGGAAUAAUAUUCCCUGUCAUCUCACUGAUAUUUCCUGUGGACUUCGCUGCAAUCAAAUGUUAAAAUGUGGAAUGCACAAAUGUAAAAGAAUCUGCCAUAAAGGAGAAUGUCUUAUAGAUGAAGAGUGUAAACAGCCAUGUACAAUUCCAAGGCUAUAUUGCAGCCAUCCUUGUAUGGCCCCAUGUCAUCCUUCUUCACCCUGCCCGACAACUUCCUGCUCUGCAAAGGUUGAUCUCCAUUGUGAAUGUGGGAGAAGAAAGGAGAGUAUGAUUUGCUCAGAAGCAUCUAAUACAUAUCAAAGAAUAGCUGCUAUAUCUAUUGCCACUAAGUUAACAGAUCUGCAACUUGGAGAUUCCGUGGAAAUCAGUAGGCUUAUUACAAAAAAAGAAAUGAAGCAAGCCAGGUUGCAAUGUGAUGAAGAGUGCCUAGCUCUUCAGAGGAACAGGCGUCUUGCUGAGGCUCUUCAAAUAGAUGAUAAUUCUGACCCUUUUAACGUCCGCUCUUCUGGACCAAAGUACAGUGAACUUUUAAAAGAAGAUGCGAGGAAAGAUUUAAAAUUUGUCAGUGACAUUGAGAAGGAAAUGAGACUGCUUGUGGAAGCUGUGAAUAAGAGCAAGCAUACAAAAAAGAGUCAUUGUUACCCACCAAUGAACAGAGAUCAUCGCAGAAUCAUCCAUGAGUUAGCUCAGGUUUAUGGCAUUGAAAGUGUGAGCUAUGACAACGAACCGAAGCGUAAUGUUGUCAUCACUGCGGUGAAAGGGAAGUCUGUUUGUCCAAGCAAUACCUUAACUUCUGUGCUAGAUAAAGAAAUGCAAAGCAGGCCUCCACCUCCUAUUCCUCACUACAAACAAACAGAUAAGAGUAUUGGAAACAGUGGUUUAUCAAAACCAUUAAAAGAAGAGCCAGUAAUUGAUUACUUUGAUGUCCAAGACUGAAGUGAUUUAUGGAGAACUGAAAUUUAGAGAAGGUGAAGAUGCUGAUUUAUUGUGCAAGGCACUUCUUGGUUGUCUGUCAGAUGAUUAGUUGUCAUUAUAUUACAAGAUUUUAACAUGCAUCUAAAGUUAGAUUGAUUAUGAUACUUUAAAAAGUUAUACAAUUUUCCAGUUUGCAUAACUGCAUAACACCUAGCAGUAUGGAAGCUGUUUAAAGCUGGGUUUGGUGCAAUUUUUUACCUAAUGUGCUAUAAGAAUGAUAUGAAUUUCCACUGAUGCCUUUCUAGCGAGAGAACUGGUAAUCAAAAAGAUUCUUUCGGUUAGUAAGAACAGCGAUAAAUCUCAAAGAUUUACUUUGAGAGGUCUCACACAAUUUAAAAUGGACCACUAGACCAGAAAUAUCUAUGUUAAAAACACUAGUGUAAAAAUUCUUAAGGUGUUUUCCUGUUUUAUUCACUUUCAUGUUAAUAUGGUAAUUUGGGGAAUUUGAGUUCUUCUUAUGCAGAAGGAUAUACAAAAUUUUUUGGAUGUCUAAAUAUUAAUAUUUACUCUGUAAGAACUGGGAAAGGCCAGGUAAGAGCUCAAACUUCCUUUGGUAUCUGAAGGACCAGAAUUUGGGGAAGGUUGGGAAUUAAGACUUGUUUUCUUUAUCUCAAAUUUGACAUUUAAAAAAAAACACAAAAUGAUUAAUAUGCAAAUACUUUGUUAAUCAAGACCUUGAACAAGAUCAGACUUUACCUAUUUGAGUACUACUCAGUUUAAUUUGUAUUUAGAAAUGUUAGCUUAACGGCCUUCUGAUUUGUUUUGCAUGAUUUUUGGGGGGUUUAUAGUUUUUUCUGUACUGUGCAAGUUUAGGGUAAUUUAUUGUGUGAAGUUUGGUUUAACUAUGAUUUGAGUUUGGAACAACGUCUGUAAAAUUUGUAAGAUCAUCUAUCUUAAAUCUUUGGCUAUGGAAGAUCUGUGUUGCAUGGGAAAUGCCAUAAGCAAUGGGCUAGUGGUUUAAACAGCGUAAUGGUUACCAAAACACUCUUAUAGAUGGUGAAUUGUUUCAAGUUGUUUUGUGGUAGGUGAGGAGCUCUUUGGGAAAGGAGAUUAAUAAAUUGGCACAACUCUGACUGAGUGAUGUCUCUUCAGUUGAGGUGGUGGUUCUUUGAAUUACUGUCUUUCUUAACCCUGACACUGUUUUGCUGCUGCUUGUUUCUUAUGGCUGCAUCCACCAUUAGUGGUGAUUCCCCUGUACUGCACCAGAGGCAGCUGCUGCUGAACAGGGCUUAGCACAAUGGAGAAACAGAUCUGGCAGAAGAUUAGUCUUCUGUUGUUGAUUUAGUUUUCGGCCGCCUCACUCAGCUGCAGUGUGAGGAGUGUUGCCAAGAAAAUAGAAGUCAGUGGUCCAUGCUUAGACUCGCUUAAAAUGAUCACGAAACUCUGAGCCUAAAUAUGAAAAUGUGAAGUGUUCUUUGAUUACGUUUCAUCCUAAACAGAUUGUGAAACAUGUAAGAGUGAGCAGCAAACUCUCAGACCACAUCUGCCCCCCCCAAAAAAGUUUUCAAAAUGAAAAUGCAUGCUGUUAUUUCCUAUUUUUGCAUGUGCUUAUUAGUUCAGUUAAAAAAUAUGCAGUCUUACACACUUCUAAAUGUUUGAAAUGCACAUCCUUCACUUAGAAGAACAGUUAUGAAAAGAAGUCCCAAUGCCAAAGACUGUUCAGACUUUUAACUUGCAUGUGCUGGUUUAAAUUGUUUUUACUUUUUUGUUUUACAUUUUGUGAACAGAAAUGAAACAUACAUAAACAUAGCUUAUAAGGCCUUGAAUUUCUUAAGCAAAUUAAUGUUUGAUCCAACAAGGUACUGCUUUGCCAAGUACAGCUGAAGAAGCAAGUUGCUCAACAUCUUGUCAGGAAUGUAUUUCUUCAGUCCUUUUAUUGUGAGGAGUGUAUCUAUCCCAAAGCCUUCAGACGAGUGCAACCUUGCUGUGGCCAAAAGACGGUUCUCGUUUAGAAACUCAAGAGCUGUUAAUUUAGCAGUGUUCUCAAGCUAGUAACACCUUUUAGGGAGAAUGUACAUAGUUAUUCUUCUAAUGUAGGUUCUGGAGAGGAGUUUGCACGUGUCUGACCCGCUCAGGGCUGUAGGUAAAGUAAGCUUCCCUAUGCUUGCGUCUAACCCUAUUGGUGUACUCUAGGUAUUCCUAACAUUAAAGAAAACUGAAAUGACUUAAUUGAUAUUAAUUAGAAUGGAGCUAAAGCCUAUUAAAUCUUCGCACACUUUCACAUGAAAAUAGCGCAUUUGCACCUCUUGUUCUGAAAUGUAAAUCUUGUAAGGUUUUAAUAACAUUAUAUUCAGCUCUCCUGUUUGGAGUUGUUAUUAACAAAUUAUAGCUUUAACAUAAAAAUGUGAGCCUGAUGAGGUGCACUUCAGCAGAUGUUCAAGUAUUCUGCUACUGUUUUCUAAUUAUAAAACCCAGAUGAUCUUCAGCUUAUCGAGAUGAGACUAAUAAUCAUGCUGAAUCUGUUUAUACUGAGAAGUCAUAAUGUUCAUCACUAAAUACCUCAACUAAACAUGUUAAAACUUGUUCACAGAUGUGCAUGUUAUGCAUCUUUAAAUUAUGGCUGUUGGAGCCUCUCUGUAGUUUUGAAGCAAGUCACAUGAACAGGAACAUUUAGUUUGAAAUGUAUCUUAAUAACUUGGUUAAAAGCAUUAUGGCAUACAUCUAGCCAGGGAAGAAGUAAUACCUCUCCCCCCCCCCACCCCCACCCCCCCAAAAAAAAAGAGGGGGAGAAAAAAAGGCACUGAUGUCUCUCUUCUCAAAACAUAGUUACAUAGCCCUAAAAAGAAACCCAGCUAAGUUUGACAGUGAUGCUCUCCUCUCUGUUCUGGUUUGCUUUUGCUGCAACCUGUCUGUGACUCUCAUAUGGAAUAGUACUAAAGGCUGUAGUUUUGAAAUCUGCGAUAACUAGUUCAUUGCCAUACUGCGUGUGUGCCUCAUGAAAAUAUUUUCCAGAUUGCUAUUUUGCAAGUCUCUGAGCUGGGCCUUCACACCUUUUAUCUAAUAAAAAAAGGGUAGAUAAAUCUUUGCAUCAGUGAAAUCAAUGGCAAAAAAUUCUGUUGACAUCGCAGGAACUAAUCAAUUGACUUAAUCUUCAAUUUGCUAGUUAAUUUGCAUAGCCCUCAGAACAGUAUUGUUUACUGUAACUUACUCUGUAUAAGUACUCUGCAAUAAGUAUCUUUUGAAGUAAAUUGUGUGACAUCAAUUGGAGUUUAUGCAACUUUAUGAAGCGCUUUGAAACUUGUGUAUAAAAUCGAUAUUUGACGUUUGGGCUGUGCUAUUACAUAGUUACAUUGUUUAGUGCAUUUAAAGUGCUCUGAAUAUUCAGUGCUUCAGGUACAGAGUUUAACCUGAAGUUGUGUAAGAUGUAAAAGUUGAUUUGAAUAUCACUGUUUCUGUGGCAGUUUUGUACAAUAUUUGCCACAUAAUGAGAUAAGCAAAAUAAGUGUUCUGAAACACUUAUUUGUUGAAAGCUUUAUAUUUAACUUAUUUUUUUUCAAGUUUAUUGAUGUAAAAUGACUUUCUGUAUAAAUCUGUAAUAAAUAUAAGUUGAAAGUUC